CAAUCUCUCUCCUCAUCUCUGUUCACACACUUCCCUCUUCUCUCUCUCUCUCACCAAAUCCCUAAAUUUUCUCUCUCUAAAGCAAAAUAUACUGUGCACGUUUCUCUCUCUAGUCUCUACAGUCCUCGCAUAUACGGUUAUGGCGGAGAACAAGAAAUAUUUGUCAGGGGACCGGCGGCAGUCGAGCCGAUUGCAGCGGAAAGCGCCGGCGUCGAUCCAGAUAAACCGCUCGACGGAUUGGAAUGUGGCCAUACCGCUGCUAUCGCCGCUGAUUACGUCGCCGGAUUCGAGCGAUUUAACGGCGGCGAUCAAGUCGUGUUCGAACUCGAGCAGUAAGAAGGACGAGAGCAGAGAGGCGGAGAAGCCGCAGACGGUGGUGUUUAAGAAGUGGCAACACCCGGCGGCGCCGUUCUCCUACGAUCCGGCUCCGUUUCUUCAGUUCGUUUGUACAGGAAAAGCCGAUAGAUGAUCUAGAUCCAAACGCAGACGGUUAUCUGAAAUCUAAAUUUUGUAUUUCCUUUUUUUUUUUUUUUUCAUUUUAAUUUUUGAUUGUAAUUCUGACGGAAUACACCUAAUGUUCAUAGUUUCCCAGUUCUACCCCUUUCGAUUGAGAGGAAUUACUAA